GGGUCGGGGAGAUGUUUCCGUUAGGACAUCGCUGAAACACAGACUAGGAUCAGACUGAGCUCGUAGCCCUGGGAUCUCCAGCACCCUGCCAGUGGCACUACUGAGAGACGAGGUGCCAGGGUGGUUCCCGAAAGUGCCUGAGCCCCAACUUAUGAGCAAGGAGCUCAUCAUGCUGACAGAGGUCAUGAAGGUCUGGCAUGGCUUAGUGAUUGCAGUGGUGUCCCUCUUGCUGCAGGCCUGCCUCCUCAUCGUCAUCAACUACCUGCUCAGCAGGCAAAUCGUCCACCAGAGUGAACAGAUACUGAAAGCGGCCAGGCUCCAGGUCCCCAGGCCCAGCCCUGACCACCAUCAUCCACCUGCUGCCAAAGAGAUGAAGGAGACUCAGACAGAAAGAGACGUUCCAAUGUCUGAUCCCCUUUACAGGAAUGGCAGCGACACAUCCUCAGAUAGCUCGGACAGCUCCUGCAGUUCGCCUCCCGCCUGCCAGGACACCGAGGAUGUGGAUUACACACAAGUCAUCUUUUCGGCCCCUGAAGAACUAAAAAAUGACUCCGCCCUGGACUAUGAGAACAUAAAGGAAAUCACAGAUUAUGUCAAUGUCAAUCCAGAAAGCCACAAGCCCGAUUUCUGGUAUUUUGUCAACCCUGCUCUGUCUGAGCCAGCGGAAUACAAUCAAGUGACCAUGUGAAUUCCAGAUAUUUUUAAUGGGGUCCAGUUCUCUACAGAUUCUUAAACAUUUAAUUUGUAGGGAAAUGCCAUUUUCCCCCCUUAAACAAGGCAUAGGGCUCACAAAUCUAUGGAAACAGGCCAAAAAGAAUGUGGAGAAGAAAGCUGACAAACACACAGAGGUCCUCAAGACCCUUGGACUCCUGGUCUGUACCCAAUAAAGGCUGUUUAUUCCUCAAAACCAAAAACAAGACUUGGGUAUGAAAACAGGCCUAUGCCCCAGCAAGAAAGAUUCAGAUCAGAUGUUAGGAAGAACUUUCAGGUAAAGUAUGAGAACCAUGGAGUCCAUUAGCAGAGACAGUGGUGAAGUCUCUCCCCAGGGAAAAUUUUAAAAAGGUUUAAUCAGCUGUUUUAGAGUUCUAUUUGGCAAUCUCAUGGUUAAAUGACUUCUCUUUGAGCUCUUUAAUUAUUGGCAAUAAACAACUUCUUUAAAAGUUUUAAAUAAAAUAGCAACCACCACCAGUUCUUCUUU